GCUGAAACGUUCAGUCUUAAUUCAGAUUUCGGUGAGAACGGUUUGAACUAAACGAUUUAUUCGAGUGUCAGCAGAAUAUAGUUUUUCCGCGCAAAAAAAUAAGAUCUAUUCCAAGGAUGAGACCAACCGGAAUUCUUCCCACGGCAUCGAUUGUCAUCGUGGCACUGCUCUGUAUUUACGUGCACAGCCAGUCAUGUCCGGAAAGUAACGGUCGCUUCGUAGUUUCUGACCAGUGUGAUGCCUACAUUGAAUGUAUUGACGGUGUUCCGCAACGCAAACUUUGCCCCGACGGUCUUCUGUUCAACGCCAAGGCAAGUCCGUUCUCCUAUCCCUGUCAGUAUCCAAUCGAUGUCGACUGUAGCGGCCGGACCCGAACCCAACCAGCCCUCGCCACCGAACAGUGUCCCCAUCAGUUCGGCUAUUUCAAGGUUGGUGAUCGUAGCCACUGUGGUCAGUUUAUGAAUUGUGACAAUGGCGUCGGUUAUGUGCUGGAUUGUCCCUAUGGAUUAGCCUUCAACAGUGCUACCUACCAGUGCGAUUGGCCCGAUUUGGUUGAAGAUUGCGAUGCGGAUGCUUUCCUUGGUUUUAAAUGCCCACCGCAAGCGGAUGGAUUGAUUGCUCCGAUACGGUUUUACCGGGCUCCGGACAAUUGUCAAAAAUACUUCAUCUGUGUCGACGAUAGGCCACGAGUAAAUCUGUGUGCUCCGGAUUAUGCCUUCAACGAGUUAACGAAUGCUUGCGAUGGAAUCGAAAAUGUAACCGGAUGUGCAAUAUAAAAGGUCACCUCGAAAGGGUCCUGUAAAUAAACCUCUUCAUAAUACUCAAUUAAAGUGUAGGUCAUAGCAUAGCAUUAGCGUUAGAAUUUAUUUGUAUAGAAACAACCGCUUAAUUUCCGAAUCACGUAAUCGAACAGGAAUGAGCUUCGCCAAACAAGAUUUUUAACUCAGCGAAAAUUGUAGUAUCGAUGAACUUUCUCUGCCUAUUCUCUAAAUCCGGUCUCGAAGCUUCGCUGACAGUUUUCAUUCCUGGUUUGUGCACCAGAAAGCCAUUAUCCAACACAUGAAAGUUGUAACCUAAAACACACAUAAUGUAUCCCUGAAAUAAAGAGCAAUGAGAUAGUGAACGAA